AUGGAGUCCAUCUUAGUGCUCAUGGAAGCUCUGGAUCUAAGGCUGGACCCAAAGGAAUUCUUCAAUGGCUCCAUAAAGGUGUUUGAGAAGUUCAUGGAUCUUUUCAAAGACAAAGAACAGGCUGAAGUGGCUUCUAUAGCGCAGGCGGAGCUGGAGUCGUUCAAAUCCACCAUGCUUAACAUUGCCAUCACGGGGGAGACGGGUGCUGGGAAAUCAUCCUUCAUCAACGCCCUCCGGGGACUGACCGCUGAGGAUGACGAGGCUGCCCCAACUGGGGUGACAGAAACGACAACGGAGCCGACUGUUUAUCCCUAUCCGAACCACCCCAAUAUGAGGCUGUGGGACCUGCCUGGCAUUGGUGCCCCGGAUUUUCAGCCAAACGCAUACCUGCAGCAGGUGAACUUCAAACGCUAUGACUUCUUCGUGAUCAUCGCUUCUGAGCGCUUCAAAUGCAACCAUGCGGCCCUGGCCCGGGAGAUCGAGAAGAUGGGGAAGAGGUUCUAUUUUGUGCGCUCCAAGGUGGAUGAAGACUUGCGCAAUGAAGAAAGAGAUCACCCUAGAACGUUCAGUCAGGACAGCGUCCUGUGGCGACUCAGGAUGGACUGCAGGAAACACCUGCAAAAGGCAGGGAUGAGCCACCCAGAGAUUUUCCUUCUCUCCAGCUGUGAAUUCACCAAGUAUGAUGCUCCUGCCCUGGUCAAGGCUUUGCAGGAUGAUCUCCAAGGUCUGCAGAGACUUGCCUUUCUGCUCAGUCUGCCAAACCUGUCUGCAGAAAUCAUAGAGGAGAAGAAAACUGCCCUGAAGAAGCUGAUAUGGCUAAUCUCUCUUGCAUCAGCUUUGGUCAAUGUCAUUCCUAUCCGCGGGCUCUCUGUUGCGUGUGAUAUUAGCAUCCUGCUAGGAUCCAUGAUUGCCUUCUACAAGUACUUCGGCCUAGAUGACAGAUCCUUGGCUAAUCUGGCCAGGCAGACUGGGAAACCGAUAGAAGAGCUGAAGGCCGUUAUCAUAUCUCCCAGGGCAGAAGAAAUAACCAGAGAUGUUGUAAUCAAACUGCUUCUAAAGGAGGAGAAGGGUUUGCCUAGAUUAACUGCAAAUCUACCAGUCCUUGGUCCCAUGUUAACUGUGGGAAUCUCUUUUUUAACCACCUACCUUAUGCUGUUGAGCUUUCUCAGUGAAGUGGCUGAAGAUGCCGAAAGGGUUCGGAAGACUGCUUUGAAGGAAGACAAAAAAAAAGGCCUUACUGCAACUGAGAUGAGGCUGGAUGAGGCUGGAGACGAUGAAGCCAGUUUGUGUGGGAUUGUUGUAAAUGCAGUUCCAGCUUCUGGGAUCCUGGCAAUGGGAAUCUCUUGUAGGUGCCAGGAUAUGGAGUCCGCCCCAGUGCUCAGGAAGGAUAUGGAGUUAAUCUCAGCUCGCAUGGAAGCUCUGGAUCUAAGGUUGGACCCAAAGGAAUUCUUCAAUGGCUCCAUAGAGGCAUUUGAAGAGAUCAUGGAUCUUUUCGAAGACAAAGAACAGGCUGAAGUGGCUUCUAUAGCGCAGGCGGAGCUGGAGUCGUUCAAAUCCACCAUGCUUAACAUCGCCAUCACGGGGGAGACAGGUGCUGGGAAAUCAUCCUUCAUCAACGCCCUCCGGAAACUGACCGCUGAGGAUGACGGGGCUGCCCCAACUGGGGUGACAGAAACGACGACAGAGCCGACUGUUUAUCCCUAUCCGAACCACCCCAAUGUGAGGCUGUGGGACCUGCCUGGCAUUGGUGCCCUGGAUUUUCAGCCAAACACAUACCUGCAGCAGGUGAACUUCAAACGCUAUGACUUCUUCGUGAUCAUCGCUUCUGAGCGCUUCAAAGACAACCACGCGACCCUGGCCCGGGAGAUCGAGAAGAUGGGGAAGAGGUUCUAUUUUGUGCGCUCCAAGGUGGAUGAAGACUUGCGCAAUGAAGAAAGAGAUUACCCUGGAACAUUCAGUCAGGAAAGCGUCCUGCGGCGACUCAGGAUGGACUGCAGGAAACACCUGCAAAAGGCAGGGAUGAGCCACCCAGAGAUUUUCCUUCUCUCCAGCUGUGAAUUCACCAAGUAUGAUGCUCCUGCCCUGGUCAAGGCUUUGCAGGAUAAUCUCCCAGGUCUGCAGAGACUUGCUUUUCUGCUCAGUCUGCCAAACCUGUCUGCAGAAAUCAUAGAGGAGAAGAAAGCUGCCCUGAAGAAGCUGAUAUGGCUAAUCUCUCUUGCAUCGGCUUUGGUCAAUGUCAUUCCUAUCCCACUGCUCUCUGUUGCUUGUGAUAUUGGCAUCUUGCUAGGAUCCAUGAUUGCCUUCUACAAGUACUUCAGCCUAGAUGAUGGCUCCUUGGCUAAUCUGGCCAGGCAGACUGGGAAACCGAUAGCAGAGCUGAAGGCCGUUAUCAUAUCUCCUGGGGCAAAAGAAAUAAACAGAGAUGUUGUAAUCAAACUGCUGCUAAAGACGAGUUUGCCUAAAUUAACUGCAUUUGUACCAGUGGCUGGUCCCAUGUUAACUGCGGGAAUCUCCUUUUCAACCACCUACUUCAUGCUGUUGAAGUUUGUCAGUGAAGUGGCUGAAGAUGCCCAAAGGGUUCGGAAGACCGCUUUGAAGUAAGACAGAAAAAAGCGUAAAUGAUCAGCAGACGUGUUCACGAAUCAGAGACCCAAUCCCAGUUGGAGAUCAAGACAUGACCCUCCCAAAUUUUAAAAAAAUCAAGCCAAAAAAGAAGAGACAUUUUCAUUCUUUAAUUUUCCGCAGUGAGUCAAGUUUCUAGGUUUUUUAGGCAAAAUGUUUUGUCUAAUACAGGAAAACCAACAAAAUGCACCAAGAUCCUCAACUGAUGUAAAUCAGUGUAGCAACCAACCUUGCCAUCAGCUGCUGUCUCGUUAGAACCCUGCCUGCACGACCAUCCAGCCAAUGCCUGCAGCAGACUUUGUGCACCUUUUAAACGAUGCCUUUGAUUAGAAGAAGUGCAGACCAUGGCUAGCUGGUUUACAAAUGAACGAGGGCACUGGAAAAAACAACUCCCAGUAAUGUCGACCAAGAGCAUUCAAAAAUCGCCAUUCAGGCCCCUAAAAAUCAUGAGAUUUUAAAACAUGUUGUUGUUUUUUAUUUGCCUUCUGUUUUAAGAAUUUGUUGGGUCACCUUUUUCUGCUGUUCUCCAAAGGUACUAAAAACUAGGGCUGGAAACUUCUUCUUUUGAUGAAAGCUGAGACUCUCCCAUGAUCACACGACUCCAGGAAGCCUAGAAUCACAAGAGUUGGCCUCACUCAUAUAUAUCAACUGUAGCAAUGCUGUGUUUUGCAUCAGGUGAUCCGAGGAGCAAUUGAAUCAUAUCAUAAUCCCAACAGCUGAUGUGGACUCUUGAAGAAUCCAUCAUAUUGCUACGAGUUGGACAUAGAAGCUAAAUUCUAUACAAUCUAUAGCCAGUGCAAUUUCAUUUAUACUAUAUCAAUAAUUAGUGUGCUCAUUGCUUUAUCAUUACUGCUCUUGCUGUAUAGUCGUAUCAUAUAAUAAAUUCACCUAC